AUAAAAAAUUAAACCUGACAACAAUGAUUCUUUGAUCAUUAAAAUACUAAAUGAAAAUUUGACAAUAAAAUAAAAAUAAAAAAAACAAACAUGGAACAGUAAAGUCACUACUCACUGUACAUUAUGCUCGAUUAGUGAUUCGUGAUAAGGGGAAAAAAAUGGUGGAGGAGAGGUGGAUUGAAAGGACAUGACCUAUUUCUCCAUGUAUAAACCAGCCAUGUUGUGCUGACAACGUUAGUCUAGUGUUUCUCUUUUGUUGCCUAGCUAAGAAUGGAGAGAACCAAAGUUAGCAAGAGAUUUAUAGGCAAGGUAGCCAUUGUGACGGCUUCCACACAGGGAAUCGGCUUUAGCAUAGCAGAGAGGCUUGGUUUGGAGGGUGCUUCUGUUGUCAUCUCUUCUCGCAAACAGCAAAAUGUUGAUAAGGCUGCUGACAAACUGAGAGCUAAAGGAAUCGAACUAUUGGCGGUUGUUUGUCACGUUUCAAAUGCAGAACAAAGGAAGAAUUUGAUAGACGAAACUUUACUGAAGUAUGGAAAGAUAGACGUUGUUGUGUCCAAUGCUGCCGUACAUCCUUCUGCAGAUCCCAUUUUACAAACACAAGAAUCGAUCCUUGACAAACUGUGGGAAAUAAAUGUCAAAUCCACUAUACUUCUUCUCAAGGAUGCAGCUCCUCACUUGAAGAAGGGUUCUUCUGUUGUUCUCAUUUCCUCACUUGUUGCUUAUAACCCUCCACCUACCAUGGCUAUGUAUGGAGUCACCAAAACAGCUGUUCUUGGACUCACCAAAGUUCUCGCCAGUGAAAUGGCCCCCAAUACUCGUGUGAAUUGUGUUGUUCCUGGGAUUGUGCCAACUCAUUUUGUUGCACAAUAUACCUCUAAUGAUGCUACAAGGGAGGAGCUUGAAAGGAAGGCAUUGAUUGGGAGGCUAGGUAAAACAGAAGAAAUGGCUGCUGCGACAGCGUUUUUGGCGUCUGAUGAUGCUUCUUACAUAACAGGAGAAAAUCUAGUGGUUUCUGGGGGAAUGCCUUCCAGGUUGUAGCUUCCAAUUGUUUCUUCUUCUAGUGGUGUACUGGUGGGCCGAGCCCAAGACCUAUUGUUUCUUCAUUCAUCCAAUGCCAUUGAAUAUUUUGCACCCAUUGAGAAA